AUGCCGUGGGAAGUCUACGAGCCUCAUCAAUGUGCGAAGUUCUUCGGCUCAGUGGAGCUCUUGGGGCCUGAGGAUGAAGACACAGGGAUGAAGAAACCUGGCAGUGGUCCAGGACCUGGAAGCCAACAAAGCCAACAAGGCCAGCAAUGCCAACACAAACAUGGACCAGGCCAAAAAUGCGACAAGUGCCAGGAAGGCCAACAUCAACACGGGCCAGGCCAGAAAUGCGAAAUCUGCCAGCGAGGCCAGCCCCAAGCUGGACCAGGCCACAAAUGCGAAACCUGCCAGCGAGGCCAGCACCAAGAUGGACCAGGCCACAAAUGCGAAACCUGCCAGCAAGGCCAGCCCCAAGCUGGACCAGGCGAGAGAAGCGAAUUUUGCAUGCAUGGCCAACCACUCGGGCCGGGCGAGAAAAGCGAAUACGUCAAGCAGGAGCAGCACCAACACGGGCCAGGUCAGAAAUGCGAACAAUGUCUGCGGACCCAACACCAACACGGGCCAGGCCAGAAGUGCGACCUUUGCGCCCCGUCUGUCAGGAGCCAACCAACAGAGACACCAUCGCAAGCGAGAACUAGAAAAGGUGAGUUAUUGAACAAGCAAAGCAGAGUUGGAUCAACUAUGAUCGACUUCCGUUCGACUUUGGUAUACAAAGAGUUUGCUCAAAGAUUAGCAUAG